GAUUUUUUAAAGUGAUGACAAAGAGCGGGAAACUUCACACCGUAAACCGAAACAUUUUUAAGUAGGCCUAUUUUGAUCGAAUCAGAGUUUAAGAUUAUGACACAGAUGAACGAUGGACAUCGCCUUUUCCUUCAGUCUUUCAUGUCAAGAGGAAUAUUAAAUGCCAAAGAAGUCAAACAACUUUUCAAGAUAUGCUGUCUGAAGUACAAAAUACCACACCCAGAGAAUGAAAGAGAAGCCCAAGCGCCACUGCUGGAAUUUGUGAGAACAAUCAACAACCACAUAGAACCCUUUCACAUGCAGAUAAGAAAAGGGGUCAGUGAAGACGAUGGCUCAAGUUCAUAUGGCCUGGUUUGCACUAGUGAGUCAACGAUAACUAAGCUUGCUUCAGAUUAUACACCAAGUGAAUUGGAAUUCUUUAAAAAGCUAAUAGAAAUUAUUGUUGCCUCGGACAAUGCUGAAGUUGGGUCCACCGAAACACUAAAUCUCGUCAGCCGACUGGAAAAUGUCAAAAAGCUGUCUAAAGAUGAUGCAGAGGACCUCCUGUCUCGUCUCGAGACAAACAAGUGGAUCAAAAUGACUCAUGGGAAAAUAAGUCUGGCCACCAGAUCUCUCCUGGAACUGGACCAGUACAUACUGGAGAUUUACCAGGACGAUGUGGAGAAAUGUAACAUCUGCAAAAAACUCUGUCUAAAGGGCCAGACCUGUCCGUCAUGUGGCACUAAACUUCAUUUUCACUGUGCUAGCAAACUGUUUGAAAAAGAGGAGAACCCGAAAUGUCCGAAGCAAGGAUGUAAAAAAGCAUGGCCACAUGAAAUCAAAAGGACGCCUAGAAAAGAAGAGACUAUUUACUCAAGAACUCCAGAGAAGAGUCAAAAAAGAAAGGCAGACGUAUGAUAUGAGUGUGUUUGCUGAUUGGAGAAUUAUGUAAUGUGUAUGCUGAAUGGUAUCCUCUUAGAAUUGACCAAAAAAUGAUGGUGCUCUAUGGAAUUGGCAUUUUCAUAUUAUGUAUUAGUGCUUGUUCUUUAAGAUAUCUGUAGAUACAGAUUCAGUAUUGUAAGAAAAUGCAGUCAUAGUGGUUAUUUCAUUU